CGAUUCUAUUCUAUCCUAGUAAAGCAUUCUAAAAGUUAAUUUCACUGUGUACCGUGUAUACUCUUUUUGACAACAUGGUUGUCCAGAAACAUCAUUAUAAUAUUGCAAUAAAAGAGUUUUCGGGUCAAAAAUAAACCAAAAUUGUGUUGAACAUGUUUGUUAAAUAUUGCAAAUCAAAAAAAGGAUAGUUUUAGUCAAUAUAGAUUUCAUGUUAAAGUGCUGUAAAUCUAAUAGAUACAUAUUCAUGUUAAAAUUGCGUCGCAAAUAAUGUUAUCGAUUAAUUUUUUAACUUCUGAGUCAAUAAACAAAAGAUUAAAUAAUAUUAAUAGAAAAGCAAGUUAUAUAGAAUUAUUAAUGAAGUUUUCAUUUUUUAUUGUGAUUUUUAUUGUAACAACCUAUCUCUUAUCAUCGGUUAGUGGAAGCGAGUCAUUGGGAAAUCCGUAUAAAAUAUUAGGUGUUCACAAACGUGCAACUUUACAAGAAAUUAGAAAAGCAUAUAAAAAUCUUGUCAAAGAAUGGCAUCCAGAUAAAACUGAUCAUCCAAGUGCAGAAAAUAAAUUUGUAGAAAUUACAAAAGCUUAUGAGAUUUUAACGGAUCCAGAAAGAAGAAAAAAAUUUGAUAACCAUGGAAUUACAGAAGAAAAUAUUUCUAGACAACGAAGAGAUAAUAGUCAUUUUAAUAAUGUUUUUGAUCCAUUGGAAGAAUUAUUCGCCUCAAAUUUCAAAUUUCAUUAUCAAAAUCGAGAUAUUUCUCUUUUUUAUAAGAUGAGCAUCACAUAUCGAUCAUUUGAAAAUGUAAUAGUACCAAAAAGUUUUCGUACACCUUAUCUGAUAUUAUUUUAUUCGGAUUGGUGCUUUGCAUGUUUGCAAAUAGAACCAACAUGGCGACGCUUGAUCGAUGAAUUAGAACCUUUGGGUCUUGGUUUAGCAACUGCACAUGCUGAAAAAGAGUCUGCUUUAGCAAGAAAAUUGGGAAUUCAUUCAUUACCAUGUCUUGUUGUUAUAAUAGAUGGUCGUACAAGUGUAUAUAAAGAAUCUCUUUUUAGCAUUCAGAAAAUUGUUGACUUCUUACGAAGCAAAUUUCCAUACAAAUUAAUAUCUAAUAUAAAUAAAAAUAAUAUAGAUAGUUUUCUCUCAGGAUGGAUAGAUAAUCGAAUUCGAGCUUUAAUAUUUGAUAAGAAAGAAUCUGUAAGAUUACGAUAUUUAUUUGUUGCAUUUUAUUAUAGAGAUCGUGUUGCAUUUGGUUUUGUUCAGAUGGAAAAACCAGAAACUGAAUUUAUUGUGACAAAAUAUAAAAUUUCUGUCGAUUUAGACACUUUAUUGUUAUUUAACGAAAAUUCUGAAAAACCUAUGGCAUCUGUUAGUAUGAAAGAUAUAUCUAGUGACACAAUGCACAAUAUUAUUUCAAAUAAUAAAUUUCUUGCUCUACCAAGACUUUCAAAUCAAGCGAUGUUAGACUCUCUUUGUCCACCCGAAUGGUUAAGACCUCAAAAACGUUUAUGCGCAGUUUUAAUAUCACAACAAAAUAGUCACUUUCAUGAUUUGGCUAGACACAAAUUUAGACAAGCAGCUUUAGAAUCAUCUUAUAGUACUGAAAGAGUCCGAUAUACAUACGUAUUUAAAGAUACGCAACCAGAAUUUGUAUCAGCAUUAUCAACAGGAGAAGGUAGUCCUCUAGAACCUUUAUUACAUAUUGUUAUUAUUUGGAGAAGGGAUGCAAAUCAUUUGAAAUAUGAAUGGUUACCUACUGGUUGGAUUGAAGCUGCUCAAGAUGAAAGUCAAUGGAAUGAAACACGUCAAAACUUAGAACAAACUAUACAAAGAUUAUUGCGUGCAUCUGAAGCUUUACCAUAUGCCGCAGUUGUAGGAGAAUUAGCAGAUGAACAUGCACAGGGUACUGUAGACAAACUUAUUGGAAAAGCGUUAUUAGCUGUAGAUUAUAUUUCAGAUAGUCUUACUAAAGAGCAAAUAUUGCCUUUAGUAUCAGUAAUUGCUACUUUAAUGUUAAUUGGUGCUGCAGGAUAUGGAAUGUCAUAUCUAGCAAAGUUAGAAGAAGCAAGUAUUCAAGCUGAACGUGCUCAAUGUAAGAAUAACAGUAAACCAACUCCGACACAGCCACAAUUACGAUUACAUGAAUUGCGGGCAGAGAAAUAUAAUGGUUUAGUUCGGUUAUUAAAACCAGGUUGUAGAACUAUUAUAUUAUUAGUCGAUGAUCAAAGUAGACUAAAAUUAUUACCAGCUUUUCAUAAAGCUGUGUGGCCUUAUAGGAAAAAUAAAACUCUUAUGUUUGGACAUUUGUCUCUUGAAAGAGGAUUAGAAUGGUAUAAAAAAUUAUUAUCUCUCACUUUACCAGAACAAAAGGAAUUAAAUAUAAAUGCCAAAAACUGUGUUGGCACUGUAUUAUCUUUAAAUGGGCAUCGUAAAUAUUUUUGUAUGUAUCAUGCCAAACAUCCAGAAUGUAUAAAAGGCAAAGGUUCUAAGAGAAUAGAACGAAUGACAAAGCAGUUAACUCGAAAAACAGACGAUGCAGAAGCAGGUGCAUUUAUAGGUUUUGAUAGCUCUAAUGAAUCUGAUGUUUCUGAAGAAGAGAAUGGAAAUAAUAUUUUAUGCCAGGAUAAUCUUCUGGAUGGUUUACCAAUGUGGCUGGAUAGGUUAUUUGAAGGUUUAACACAUCGUUACUAUGUAAAUUAUUGGCCCGAGUUCACUGCCAAAUAAUUGAGAAUUGGUAUACAUUCUGGUAAUAUGUAUACUUUUCGCAAUAGAAAAAGGGAUCCAACUAGUCAACAAUAUCACAUUACUUAAAAAUUCUAUACAAUUUAAAAAGUCAUUCUUUAAUUUAUAAAAAUUAGUUUAUUAUAUCUACGUGAGAUAUUAUUUAUUAACUCACGCGCCAUUUUCCGUAUAUAUAAAAUUUAGA